GCGGGCGGGAGCGGCGGCGGCCGCGAAGGGGUUAACCCGCCGGGCCGAUCCCGGCAGCGCUCGCCAUGCCGGGGGACCCCGGCGUCCGGCGGCUCGCCCGGAGCGCCCCCUUCCCCGGGUAGCGCCCCACCGCGGCAGGUUCCCAGGAGCCAGGAGCACCCAUCUGGACGCUGCCCGUUCACCCCCGGGGACCAGCCUUGGCCCCGGGGGCCCCACCAAGCCAGCAGCAUGUGGCAUCCCCGGGCCUGCCCAGUGUCUUCCUGCCCGCUGCCCGGCCCCCCCAGGAGGCCCUGACGCCCUGGGGUACUUCUGCUGUGCACAGGACCACGUGGGGGUUUGCCAUGGUGACAUAAAGGGGCGAGGAGGAAGGAAGGAGCUCAACCAGCCUGCGGACUGUGCCCCUGGCUGGGAGGAAGGGCCGGUGGCCCGGAUCCUCCACUCCCACCGCCCGCUGAGGGCCUCGCUUGCUAACUGUCUGUGAAUUUGUUGGCCCGUGGACAACUCCCGUGUCUCCUUCUGCGUGGGGCCUUGGGGUGGCCAGGGCAGGCCGGGCCUCUGGUGGCCAAGGUCUCGGGGACCAGGAUGCCCACCCUGGCGCGCCUCCGCAGGCUGUGUCGGCACGUGUCCCCACAGGCCAUCUUUUUCCUGCUGUUUGUCUUCUGCGUGUUCAGCGUUUGUGUCUCCGCCUACUACCUAUAUGGCUGGAAGCGGGGCCUGGAACCCUCAGCAGACGCCCCCGAGCCUGACUGUGGGGACCCGCCGCCUGUUGCCCCCAGCCGCCUGCUGCCGCUCAAGCCCGUGCAGGCGGCCACCCCUUCCCGUACGGACCCACUGGUGCUGGUGUUUGUGGAGAGCCUCUACUCACAGCUGGGCCAGGAGGUGGUGGCCAUCCUGGAGUCGAGCCGCUUUAAGUACCGCACAGAGAUUGCACCGGGCAAGGGGGAUAUGCCCACACUCACUGACAAGGGCCGUGGCCGCUUCGCCCUCAUCAUCUAUGAGAACAUCCUCAAGUACGUGAACCUGGACGCCUGGAACCGGGAGCUGCUGGACAAGUACUGUGUGGCCUACGGCGUGGGCAUCAUCGGCUUCUUCAAGGCCAACGAGAACAGCCUGCUGAGUGCGCAGCUCAAAGGCUUCCCCCUGUUCCUGCACUCAAACCUGGGCCUGAAGGACUGCAGCAUCAACCCCAGGUCCCCGCUGCUCUACGUGACGCGGCCCAGCGAGGUGGAGAAGGGUAUGCUGCCCGGCGAGGACUGGACCGUGUUCCAGUCCAACCACUCCACCUACGAGCCAGUGCUGCUGGCCAAGACGCGCUCCUCCGAGUCCAUGCCGCACCUGGGCGCGGACGCCGGCCUGCACGCCGCGCUGCACACCACCGUGGUCCAGGACCUGGGCCUCCAUGACGGCAUCCAGCGCGUGCUCUUCGGCAACAACCUCAACUUCUGGCUGCACAAGCUCGUCUUCGUGGACGCCGUGGCCUUCCUCACCGGCAAGCGCCUCUCGCUGCCUUUGGACCGCUACAUCCUGGUGGACAUCGACGACAUCUUUGUGGGCAAGGAGGGCACGCGCAUGAAGGUGGAGGACGUGAAGGCUCUGUUUGAUACACAGAAUGAACUGCGCACACACAUCCCAAACUUCACCUUCAACCUGGGCUACUCAGGGAAAUUCUUCCACACAGGUACCGAUGCUGAGGAUGCUGGGGACGACCUGCUGCUGUCCUACGUGAAGGAGUUCUGGUGGUUCCCCCACAUGUGGAGCCACAUGCAGCCCCACCUCUUCCACAACCAGUCUGUGCUGGCUGAGCAGAUGGCCCUGAACAAGAAGUUCGCUGUCGAGCACGGCAUUCCCACAGACAUGGGCUACGCAGUGGCGCCCCACCACUCGGGCGUGUACCCUGUGCACGUGCAGCUGUACGAGGCCUGGAAGCAGGUGUGGAACAUCCGAGUGACCAGCACGGAGGAGUACCCCCACCUGAAGCCGGCCCGCUACCGCCGUGGCUUCGUCCACAAUGGCAUCAUGGUCCUCCCGCGGCAGACCUGCGGCCUCUUCACACACACCAUCUUCUACAGCGAGUACCCUGGUGGCUCCAGCGAGCUAGACAAGAUCAUCAACGGGGGCGAGCUCUUCCUCACCGUGCUCCUCAAUCCCAUUAGCAUCUUCAUGACGCACCUGUCCAACUACGGGAAUGACCGCCUGGGCCUGUACACCUUCAAGCACCUGGUGCGCUUCCUGCACUCUUGGACCAACCUCCGGCUGCAGACGCUGCCCCCUGUGCAGCUGGCCCAGAAGUACUUCCAGAUCUUCUCCGAAGAGAAGGACCCGCUCUGGCAGGACCCCUGCGAGGACAAGCGCCACAAAGACAUCUGGUCCAAGGAGAAGACAUGUGACCGCUUCCCCAAACUCCUCAUCAUUGGCCCCCAGAAAACAGGCACCACGGCCCUCUACCUGUUCCUGGGCAUGCACCCCGACCUCAGCAGCAACUACCCCAGCUCAGAGACCUUCGAGGAGAUCCAGUUUUUUAACGGCCAAAACUAUCACAAAGGCAUCGACUGGUACAUGGAGUUCUUCCCCAUCCCCUCCAACACCACCUCCGACUUCUACUUUGAGAAAAGCGCCAACUACUUUGAUUCGGAAGUGGCUCCCCGGCGGGCAGCGGCCCUGUUGCCCAAAGCCAAGGUCCUGACCAUCCUCAUCAACCCAGCGGACCGGGCCUAUUCCUGGUACCAGCACCAGCGAGCCCACGAUGACCCCGUGGCCCUGAAGUACACCUUCCACGAGGUGAUCACGGCCGGGCCCGACGCGUCCUUGAAGUUGCGUGCCCUGCAGAACCGCUGCCUGGUCCCCGGCUGGUACGCCACCCACAUUGAGCGCUGGCUCAGCGCCUUUCACGCCAACCAGAUUCUGGUCUUGGAUGGCAAACUGCUGAGAACAGAACCUGCCAAAGUGAUGGACACAGUGCAGAAGUUCCUCGGGGUGGCCAACACCAUCGACUACCACAAAGCCUUGGCGUUUGAUCCAAAGAAAGGAUUUUGGUGCCAGCUGCUUGAAGGAGGAAAAACCAAGUGUCUGGGCAAAAGCAAGGGCCGGAAAUACCCAGAGAUGGACUUGGAUUCCCGCGCCUUCCUGAAGGACUAUUACCGGGACCACAACAUCGAGCUUUCCAAGCUGCUGUACAAGAUGGGCCAGACGCUGCCCACCUGGCUGCGGGAGGACCUCCAGAACACCAGGUAGCCAUGGCCACCACAGCCAGACUGACGUUUGUGACGGCAGGGACGUCCCGCGGCACGCUGAGCCAGACCGACCUGCAGAACGGAGCUGGGCCUGGGCUGGCCAAGCACGUCUGAGCAAUACUCGGCCGAGGCCCAGGCAGGGCCGGGAGAAGCCGGCAGGCCCACGCGCCUCCAAGCAUCCCCCCUGCGCCGGGGCUGUGGCCGCCAGGACCGCCUUCGCCACCAGAGGUCCAUCUCGCUCACAGCCCCCACGGGGAGGCCACUCCUGGUAGGAAGGGUCCGUGAGGCUCUGUUCUGCCCCUCACUGUGUCCUGCCAACCAUGCCCUCUCCUCCGUCCUGCCAUUCCCUGCCCAGCAGGGUGUCCCUCCGUGUCAGCUGCCACAUGUCCUGUCCUCUGGACAGUAAGGGAGAAGAGCCCAGCUGGGCCUUUUGCCAAACCAGGGAGUGGGACUGGACGCGUCCCUGCCUGUUUCGAGCCAGGCCCUCCCGAGGGGCCAGCUGGGGACCAGAGCCGGGCCCCGGGCUGGAUGUGAGGGUGGAACCGCGAGAGAACUCCCGACUCCCACAUCCACUCUGGGUCAGACCUUCACGUCUCACCCGCCCUUUUUGGGGAAAGAACCGCUGACUCCUACAGUACCCACCCAGUCCUCAAGGCCUCCUCCAGGACCCUGGGCACUGCCAUGCCAUUCGGCCAGAGACCCAGGCCUCAGUCCCACCCCUUUUCCACCCUGGGGUGUGACACGCGUGGUGUUUCCUGUGGUAAAAGACUGGGCGGUUCAGGAGUCUGCAGUAUACGUGUUCCAAUGUACAUAGUUGUCCCCACGCCCGCCAGCCUCGGCCCUGGCCCACCCAGGGAGCUGGGGACACUGCCACCCACAGCCUUGCCCGGCGACCUGUGGCUGAGGGUUCCGAGAGGCCCCUUAACCUCCCCAAUACUAAGAAGCUAAAGUAUUUUAAUAUUUUGUUUUUCUUCUUGGUGCCAGAGUUUAUACUUUGGGUGCUGGGGUCGCACUGUGUUAUACAUAUACAUAUAUAUAUAUAUAUAAUUUGUAUAUAUAUAUUAUAUUUUUUUUGGUUGGGUUUGUUUUUAAUUCAGUCAUACAAAAUGGUGGCAAGCCUCAGGCCCAGAGGGUGUCUUUCUCCGUGAGGGGAGGGAGGGCGGGCGUGUCUUCACGGUCCGGGCCGGGCGACUGUGCAGGUGCCCGGGAGGGCUCUCUGGGCUGCCCGGGUGUACGGAGGUGGCAGGGUCCAUGGAGAAGACCCACUCUCCCCAGGGAGCCUGGGGAAUUUUGGCCAAAGGAGACAGCGGGCUGGGUGGCGUCCUGGGCGGAGGCCGCUGUGCCCUCACACGGUGCUAGGUGGGGAGCUGCCCUGGGCGCUGGAGCCGCGGGGCCUGCAGACCGUGGGGCUCUGGGCUGUUCGCUGGUUGGGGUCUGCUCCUACCCUCCUCUUAACAAUGUGAAGGGACUAAACUGGGUGCUCUCCCAGCCCCUCCCACUGCCAGUUCAGCUUCGGACUGACCCCCAGGAAGGCCUUUCCGAGAGCCUGGCCCCUUGAGGCUGGAAGGCCUCCGGGUGUGCAGACACGUCACAGCUGCUGGGAGCAGGGGCUGAGGACGACGUGCAGCUCCUGCCACAGUCAGUGCCCUACCUGCCACGCCACUGCCUCUGAGCCCUCCUCCCCCGCCCCUGCCAGGUCCUGCCCUCCCUCUCGCCCUCGGUCACUCCAGGACCCGGGACAAACCACUUCUUCCCAGCCAGGGUGCCUUUGAGCUUCUCAGGCCUCCAUUUGCAUCCCUGUCGUACUCUCCUCACCUCCAAAGGCCCUUCCCAGACUGCGAACCAGUUCCCUCCCCAAUUCUCCACUGGGAUGGAGAGGGUUGGACCCUCGGGACCACUGCGUGUGGUUUCCCGGUCUACCCAGAAGCGUUCCCACUGUGUUUCUCGUCGGGCCUCUGGGCCUGGGAGCCCUGAGCACGGUCAAUCCCGCAAGAGGCGGGCAGAGUGUCUGGGCAGGGCAGGCGGCCUGCCCGCUUGUGGAACCAGACUCCCAGAGUGCAGGGACUUCCCUGGGGCAAGUCCCAGGCCUCACUUCCCAUCUGUCAGCGAGGGUGAGGGCUCCGUGACCUUGGCAACCUCACAGCAGUCUGCCCUCUGGGCCUGGACAUCUGCCUCCUCCCCCCCCCCCCCCCCAGCUCUGAACGGGGCCUGAGGGGCCAGCAGCUCCCCUUCUCCGAGCCCCAGGCCCAAGGAAGGUCACGCAGGGGUGAGACCUGUGGGAGCAGAGGAGACACUGGGGCUGUUGUCCAGGCCCUCUGGGAGGCUGGGCAUGUGCCCUGCCACAUACAAAUCUGGUCCCUGCUGUCACUUCCUUUCCCACUGAUGAGUCUCUCCAGGACCCACUGCAGGGGUUACAGAGGAGAGAAGUGUCCGGGGCACUCAGCCACUGAGCACAGGCCCCGUCGGGAGGAGAACCAGAGGUCAGUGGGCACAGCAGCAUCAGCUUAGUGCUCACUGAUUCACUGUAAGGGUUUGGCCAGAGAGAGGGGGCGGGGGGAGCUUCAACCGUGUGGAUGACUUCACCAUCCCUUCUGCUGACCCCACCACGAGCCCUUGCCCCACAAGGUGGGAGCCGGCGGAGGCCAGCUAACGCCUCAGCCACUCGCAGCUCUAGAGCCACCGGCAGGGCAGGCAUCUUGUGAUGGUGGACGAGUCUGAACUUUAACGAUGGCCCUUUCCAAACCCCUAAGCAGGAGCAGCCAGUGUCGGGGCCCAGGUGGGGGCAGAGGUCUGUCCGCAGCAGCAGAACACUGUGGGCGGGCGGUCCAUGGAUUUCACCCGCCGUCUAGAUUUAAAAUGAACAUUGUGGUUCUCUCUCUACAUUUCUGGAUCAGCUUAAAAGUAAAAAUCACGAGACUUCACCCCAAAAUGCUGCAGGCUGCAUCUGCUAAGACUGAGGACGUUCUUCUCUGUAGUGGCCCAAUAUCUCCCCUGAAAUGAUAAUUCCUCACAUCUGCUCUCCAACCCCCAUUCUCCUUUCCCCCAAAUAACUUACACCUGGUUUGGAAUUUGCAUCCAGUCAAGGGGCACACACUGCGUUUGUACCUGUGAGUUUAAGGCUCGUUGAAUGUGGAAAAGUCCUUCAGCUCACUCUGAGUUUUAAAUGCCGUUGCUUCCGAGGCCAGCAGUCCUGCUGCGCAGACAGGCCGCGUUCUGCAGUUUCCUCCUGGCGUCAGGCGAAGCCCCCAGCCCCUGUACUGUCACGAACACCUGAGGUGUGAGGAGGUUUGCCUUUGUGCUGACUUGACAACUUCCCUCCACCCUAAGGUGCCCCUCUGCUGCCACCUGUACCAAGUGCCAAACCAGCAGAGGGGCCGGCUGGAGCUCCAGGAGCUCAGGGGAGCGCAGGAGGCAGCCCUGCAGCCAGGCCUGGGGUGCAGGGGGGCAGAGGCUUGGGGGCCCUCUAGGAGGAGGAAGCUGCGUGCAUGGAGGCCAGACCAAGUCGUGUUGGGCCUCUUGGGAAUGAGAUGUCCCCGCUUUGAUCCUGGUGAUGGAACACAGGGCACCAAACUGCAUGUCUGUCUUUUUCUGUCUGUCUCUCUCUCUUGUGGUUCUGGGUCUCCGGUUCUUGGAGGCCCGUGGUCAGUGUGCACUGGAGCAGAGCCAGGCCCCUGGGAUGUGACGGGGAAAGGUCUAGCUGGGGAACCGUCCCCCACCCCUCAUCGUGGUGUAAGGAGAAGAGAGAGCCCUGGGCUGGAGGCAGGAGGUGGGCAAUUUCGUCCCAACUGGUACCUUAGCUGCUUGACAGCUUUCCUCCCAGGGCCUCAGCCCCCCCAUUUAUACACCGAGCAGGUGGAGCUACAGCCGGGUUUUCAGAUGUCAGGGAAGAAGGGGUCUGCCCUAGUUGAAGAGUGGAUGGAGGGCCCAGGCAGCCCCAUCCCCGCCCCACUCCCUGCAGGCGAUGCUGGGUUCUGGGUUUGCCAUCCCUGGGUUGGCUGCCCCCGGGCAAGCACCAGCCUAGACUGGAGAUAUUUUCAGCUUCCUGGAGGGAUGGGCAUGGGUCAACGUCAAGGGCUUGGGGAGACUCUGGCUGUGUUUUAUCCUAAGUUUCUCCUUCCCUCCCUCUCUGUGGCCCUUGAGGAGAAUGAGGGAGGAGAGGGUUUUUUAAGACUAUGCUAGCGUUUAUUAUCAGCAAGAGGGCUCCUUUUGUAAUUUGUGCAUGAAAUUCAUGUCAUUUCCUGGGGAGAGGAGAGGGCUGACUUGGAGAGGGUGGGGGGGCACGCUGGGGGAGCAGGCCCAGGUUUCCUUCCCUUGGGGUGGGGAGAGGUGUGGAGAGGGGGCGCUACCCAGCUCACCUGAUCAGGGCUCUCAAACCAGCCGUUUUGGGUUGUGUUAACAGUGGGAACCUUCCUCCAUUAAUGUACAAUAUCGAACUAACUGCUAAUAAAAUGGGGUUCCGUUUGUA